CUAGAGGGUCCAGCAAUGUCGCUAUCGCAGCAUAUCAGUGUACGUAGGGAGGCAGAGGGAGAGAGAGAGAGACAGCGCGCUUGCUCCCGGGAGUCGAAAGGCAAAGAAGAUGGAAAAAACACCUUGUGCACUUACCAAAACAUCCAGAGAACUCUCAUGCUAACUAACACACCUCUCGAACUCAUUGCAAGUCUUCGCAAACUCCCGGAAUCUUUUCGCGAGCUCUUGAAAGCCCUCUCGCGAAAUUACACAACUCCCUCGUGAUCACACUAGAAUCCUCAACCCGCCAGAUCCCCGUUCGCCAGCUCUCGCUAAAUCCUUCGUUCCCACCUCUCCAGCGUCGCUACUCCGCCAGACAUGGCUCUCAAGGUCAAGAUUAUUAAAGGAUUCGUCGUGUUUGUAGUCAUGAUGAUGGUGUUCUACCUCGCCCUCACCCUCCUGCUCACCUACAGCUACAUCAGAGAGAAGAGAAUGAGUGUGUGGGAGGUGGUGAGCGCCUUGGGCGGAGACGGGUAUGACCAGGAGCCUACAGUCGUAGACAAAUUAGCUGAGGAAAUCACCACUGACAAGGAUCCUUCUCCUGCUGGAGGCGCUGCUGGACACCUCAACACAAAUAAUGCUUCGACGAAGCUCCAGAAAAUUGAAGUUCCGGAGAUGGGUCCCAAUUUCACUCCUCCUGUUCUAGUGCUUCUACUGAGCUCUAUGCCUCGAAGCGGCUCGACGUUGCUGACGGAAAUCCUCUCUGUGGCAAACGAGUCUGUCGUGUUUUUCGAGCCGCUGUGGCCAGUGGAAAAGAGGAAAUGCAUCGAGGACGAGCAGUGCGUGGCGCAGUACCUGGCCGACGUCUUCACCUGCCACUAUCGUCCCGACUUCGAGAAAUGGCUGAAAACAAAGAUUCUUUUCCUCAGCUACUUCAACCCGGACGCUAAGAACUGCACAAAAAAUGAGGACAGGAAAUCAAUGGAGUCGUGUAUCAGCUCCCUGAGCUUGAAAGGAGCGUGCUUGGCAGCGCCAAUCAGGAUCAUCAAGGUCAUUCGCGCUAGGUUAUCAUGGAUGACCAACUUGCUAUCAGAUCCACUUUUAAACCUUAAAAUAAUUCACCUCACCAGGGACCCUCGUGGGUCUCUCAACUCCAUUAAUAGAUUUAAAAAUUGGAAUAAAAAUCCCCAUGACCGAUGCAUAGGCUUACAAGAGGACAUGAACGUGUAUGACAAACUUCACAAGCAGUUUCCCUCAAAAUUAAUACAGAUUAAGUACGAAGAUCUAAGCAUCCAUCCGCAUAGCAUCAUCGGAGAAAUCUUACAAUUCCUCUACGGCGAUGCCACUUUGCCAGACGAUAUGGAAGAUUAUAUCUCGUCUCAUAUGUCCAAUCAGUCCGUCAACAAUGUUAUGAGCACAAUUAAAAACAGCAAUAAGCAAUACGAAGCUUGGCGCUAUAAGAUCUCUGAGAAAGUCCUGAACAGUAUUGAAACAGAGCCUACCUGUCUUGAGCCGAUAAAACGAAUGCGAUACACACUAUUUGGGUCUACGAUCUAUGCCAAAAAUUCUAGUAUUUCCUUGUUUCUAUCCUGAGGCUGAUUAUCCCUUAAAUCUUGCGCCUUUUCUUGGAAAUAACCGAAAAUUUUCAUAUCGAAUGAAAGAAAUGUUAUCGGUUAUAAUAUAUACAUAUGACAACUCAUUGUGUUUACUCCACCAGCAGUGUCAAAAUGGGCCACAUAGAGUGUCCAAACAGUGAAGACAGUGUCAUUUAUAUCCUAAAUCAGUGCCGGGUACUUUCGUACUGAGCAGCUUCAACAACUGAUUUGAUCAAGUCAGUUGUUUUUGUCUGAUAUCUGGUGCCUCUGUUCUCUCUUUUAAUAGAGCUUCAGAGUCCUACAAAUAGAACUAAUUAUCCAUCAAUUACCAUAAAGCAUUUUGAAUGACAGUUUGAUACCAGUGAUCUAUUUAUAUAUUUUUUUUUAAAUUAGAACUUCAUUCGCUACUUAUGAAAAUUGUGGCGCAGUGCCUCUGAGAACUUUUUAAGCAUAGUUAGCAAGGGGUGACUUAGCACCACAAUAUACUCUCCUGAAACUCUGGAGAGUACUUCGUCAGGGUGUAAUUGGCCCUUGUUUGACUUUAGAGUUGUUUUAAUUCAUAUCUAACUUCUCCCCUAAUAAAUAUUUAUUUUUU